GCUCCGGCGCAAGGAGGAAGCGUUCGCUGUGGUCCCGGCGGCUGCGCUGGGGUAUGCAGUACCGGCUAACGUGGCUGCUGCACCCCGCGCUGUCCAGCACCUUCCGCUCGGUCCUCGGCGCCCGCCUGCCCCCUCCGGAGCGCCUCUGUGGUUUCCAAAAAAAGACUUACAGCAAAAUGAAUAAUCCAGUUAUCAAGAGAAUAGGAAAUCAUAUCAUCAAAUCUCCUGAAGACAAGCGAGAAUACCGUGGACUAGAGCUGGCCAAUGGGAUCAAAGUACUUCUCAUCAGUGAUCCCACAACAGAUAAAUCAUCAGCAGCACUUGAUGUACACAUAGGUUCCUUGUCAGAUCCUGCAAAUAUUGCUGGCUUAAGUCAUUUUUGUGAACAUAUGCUAUUUUUAGGAACAAAGAAAUACCCUAAAGAAAAUGAAUACAGCCAGUUUCUCAGUGAGCAUGCAGGAAGUUCAAAUGCCUUUACUAGUGGAGAGCAUACCAAUUACUAUUUUGAUGUUUCUCAUGAACACCUAGAAGGUGCCCUAGACAGGUUUGCACAGUUUUUCCUGUGCCCCUUGUUUGAUGAGAGUUGCAAAGACAGAGAGGUAAAUGCAGUUGAUUCAGAACAUGAGAAGAAUGUGAUGAAUGAUGCUUGGAGACUCUUUCAGUUGGAAAAAGCUACAGGGAAUCCCAAACACCCCUUCAGCAAAUUUGGAACAGGUAACAAACAUACUCUAGAGACUAGACCAAACCAAGAAGGCAUUGAUGUAAGACAAGAGCUACUGAAAUUCCAUUCUACUUAUUAUUCAUCCAACUUAAUGGCUAUUUGUGUUUUAGGUCGAGAAUCUUUAGAUGACUUGACUGAUCUGGUGGUGAAGUUAUUUUCUGAAGUGGAGAACAAAAAUGUCCCAUUGCCAGAAUUUCCUGAACAUCCUUUCCAAGAAGAACAUCUUAAACAACUUUACAAAAUAGUACCCAUUAAGGACAUUAGGAAUCUUUACGUGACAUUUCCCAUACCUGACCUUCAGAAAUACUACAAAUCAAAUCCUGGUCAUUAUCUUGGUCAUCUCAUUGGGCAUGAAGGUCCUGGGAGUCUGUUAUCAGAACUUAAAUCAAAGGGCUGGGUAAAUACUCUUGUUGGUGGGCAAAAGGAAGGAGCCCGAGGUUUUAUGUUUUUUAUCAUUAAUGUGGACUUGACUGAGGAAGGAUUAUUACAUGUUGAAGAUAUAAUUUUGCACAUGUUUCAAUACAUUCAGAAGUUACGUGCGGAAGGACCUCAAGAAUGGGUUUUCCAAGAGUGCAAGGACUUGAAUGCUGUUGCUUUUAGGUUUAAAGAUAAAGAGAGGCCACGGGGUUAUACCUCUAAGAUUGCAGGAAUAUUGCAUUAUUAUCCCCUAGAAGAAGUGCUCACAGCUGAAUAUUUACUGGAAGAAUUUAGACCCGAUUUAAUAGAGAUGGUUCUCGAUAAACUCAGACCAGAAAAUGUCCGGGUUGCAAUAGUUUCCAAAUCUUUUGAAGGAAAAACUGAUCACACAGAAGAGUGGUACGGAACCCAGUACAAACAAGAAGCUAUACCAGAUGAAGUCAUUAAGAAAUGGCAAAAUGCUGAUCUGAAUGGGAAAUUUAAACUUCCAACGAAGAAUGAAUUUAUUCCUGCAAAUUUUGAGAUUUUAUCGUUAGAAAAAGAAGCAACACCAUACCCUUCUCUUAUUAAGGAUACAGCUAUGAGCAAACUCUGGUUCAAACAAGAUGAUAAGUUUUUCUUGCCCAAGGCCUGUCUCAACUUUGAAUUUUUCAGUCGCUACAUUUAUGCUGAUCCUCUCCAUUGCAACAUGACAUACCUGUUUAUCAGGUUAUUGAAGGAUGAUUUAAAAGAGUAUACAUAUGCAGCACGCCUCUCAGGUUUGAGCUAUGGCAUUGCAUCAGGAAUGAAUGCAAUACUUCUCUCAGUGAAAGGUUAUAAUGACAAGCAGCCAAUUUUGCUAAAGAAGAUCAUUGAGAAAAUGGCUACCUUUGAGAUUGAUGAAAAAAGAUUUGAAAUUAUCAAGGAGGCAUAUAUGCGAUCUCUUAACAAUUUCCGAGCUGAGCAGCCACACCAGCACGCCAUGUACUACCUCCGCUUGCUGAUGACUGAAGUGGCCUGGACUAAAGAUGAAUUGAAAGAAGCCCUGGAUGAUGUUACCCUUCCUCGCCUUAAGGCCUUCAUACCUCAGCUCCUGUCACGGCUGCACAUUGAAGCCCUUCUCCAUGGAAACAUAACAAAGCAGGCUGCAUUAGGAAUUAUGCAGAUGGUUGAAGACACCCUUAUUGAACAUGCUCAUACAAAACCUCUCCUUCCAAGUCAGCUGGUUCGGUAUAGAGAAGUUCAGCUCCCUGACAGAGGAUGGUUUGUCUAUCAGCAGAGGAAUGAAGUUCACAAUAACUGUGGCAUCGAGAUAUACUACCAAACAGACAUGCAGAGCACCUCGGAGAACAUGUUUCUGGAGCUCUUCUGUCAGAUCAUCUCCGAGCCGUGCUUCAACACCCUGCGCACCAAGGAACAGCUGGGCUAUAUUGUCUUCAGCGGGCCACGCCGAGCCAACGGCAUACAGGGCUUACGGUUCAUCAUCCAGUCGGAAAAGCCACCUCACUACCUAGAAAGCCGAGUGGAAGCUUUCUUAAUUACCAUGGAAAAGUCCAUAGAGGACAUGACAGAAGAAGCCUUCCAAAAACACAUCCAAGCAUUAGCGAUUCGUCGACUAGACAAACCAAAGAAACUGUCUGCAGAGUGUGCUAAAUACUGGGGGGAAAUCAUCUCCCAGCAAUACAAUUUUGACAGAGAUAAUAUAGAAGUUGCCUAUUUAAAAACACUUACCAAGGAAGAUAUUAUCAAAUUCUAUAAGGAAAUGUUGGCGGUAGAUGCCCCGAGAAGACAUAAGGUAUCCGUCCAUGUUCUUGCCAGAGAAAUGGAUUCUUGUCCUGUGGUUGGAGAGUUCCCAUGUCAAAAUGAUAUAAAUUUGUCACAAGCACCAGCCUUGCCACAACCUGAAGUGAUUCAGAACAUGACUGAGUUCAAGCGUGGUUUGCCACUGUUUCCCCUUGUGAAACCACAUAUUAACUUCAUGGCUGCAAAACUCUGAAGAUUCCUCACGGGCGGGAAAGUGCAAGUGGAUGCAUUCCUGAGUCUUCCAAGGGCUAGGAAAACAAUCUUGGCCACUUUAAUAUUUUAUGGUUCACUAUUAGAGAGACAAACAGAAAAAAAAAAGUUGUCAAAUGUCAUUAUGUAGAAAUAUUAAAAAUCCAAAGUAAUUAAAUUACAAAAUCUUAUAGAUGUAGAAUAUUUUUAAAAUACAUGCCUCUUAAUAUUUUAAAAGUUUUCAUUACUAAGAGAAAUGUCCCUUAUAACAAUACUUAAAAUGAUGGAUGAUAUUCCUAUAGAAACUUUCUUCCUUAUUCUGUAAAAUAGUCACUUGUCAGAAGGAAAAUAUGUUAGCUUUUUUCUAAAAGCCUCCUAGGUUGACAGAAAAGACUUCAAAACAUAUAGAAAGAUAAUACCUUUUUAAAAAUGGAUCCUCAAUUUUGCUUUCUACUUAAUGGUUUCAUGUAAAUAAUGGAGAACAUUACAUUUGGCAGAUAAUGAACAAAGCAAUGUAAUUUUCUUUUAUUAG